AUGGAGGAGACGUUAACCACUAUCAAAUCUGAAAACAGCCAAGGCAAAAAGAAAACGCGACGGCGAGGACCACGAUUGACUGGAGUCAGCCGGCAGCGGAGAAUGGCCAACGCUCGAGAGCGAAGUAGGGUGCAGACCCUUAAUGCACACAUCGAAAGGCUCCGGGACUUAAUACCUCUUUUUCCUGGAGAGAAGAAACCUUCGAAGACAGAAACCAUCCGAUUAGCGGCCGUUUACAUCUCCUGUCUCACGGAAAUUUUGGAGGCGACACCUGAAGGCCUCGAGAGAAUUUCCACCGAGGAAUUGAUGCCCCCUUUUCCAGGACUCGAGGACGGUUUGGGUUUGGGUGGCUUCCCGGGUUUGCCUCAAUUGUGUUUAGACCCGUUCGCUGACGAAGGUAAGCGAUGAAGUUUUCGACUCAAUUAUUGCAUGUGUACGUAAGUACAUGUGCUGUGGAUCACUGUCAUCAGUUUCAUAGCCUGAUCUAUACCAUGGGAGGUCUGAUAAUUCUAAGUAAUUAAUCUUUCCGCCUUUGUUUUUUUACGUUUUUUGCAACUUCUGGUACCGGAAGGAUCUAUUUUAGAACCAAUUUAUAAUAUUUGCUGCAAAUAUUUAAACAAUCGCGUUGUGAAAUGUUUGAGAUUUGUCCGUAGAUUAUGGAUGGCCCUUUUGAAACAUGUUUACAUGUUAUAAACUCUUUUUCACUGGUAAAAUAAACAAUUAGUAUUGUCUAUUUAUAUAAAAUGUCUUUCAAGGUGGCGGCGUUCAUCCCCUGAAAUUGCUUCCGAGAUAUAAGGGCCCUGAGAUGAAUAUUUGUACAUUUUAAUACUUGAAUUGAAUUGUAACUUUGUAAUAAAAUGAAAAGGACUGAAUUGUUGAUUUCGAAACUUAAAGUAAAUCUUUAAAUCCGCCAAGCUGCACUUAACAUUUAUUUGUUUGUGUUGUUUUUAUUGAUGUAUCAAUUUUCUGUUUGUGUUUAGACAACCUAUUGGACCUGGAUCUCGCAGACUACAUGUGGGAGGAAUUCGAAUAGCAAGCAAGCUCAAAGGCACGAAAUAAAACAAGGACAAGUUUUCUAUGAACAUCUUUCAUCUCACGAGCGUUCAGCCACUUAUCGAGAAAAUUAUCACCUACUUAUCAAGUGUGGAAUCAAAUCUAGAAUAUAUAAUGUUACAUUUAGCCCUGCACAGCUUUAGGCGUUUAGGAGCAUUGGGUCACGACUUGUAGUAUCUCUCACUAAUGUAGAAAAUACGAAGAAGUAUCAAGUCAAACUUUUAGUGGAAUCGGCCAUCUAUGCCCUAACGAUAUGCAACCGCGCGCAAAUCAGUGUAAUUCUUGUAAUUCGCGCAAAAGAAAAAAAUUUCAAGGCGAUCUUGAGACAGCAAAUAGAGUAAAGACAAAAAACAAAUGGAAAAAGUAAACCCAAAUUUUUCAAUGCCUAAUGAAAACAAACACCACGGAUGCCUUUGAUUUCACCAUUCCACAUAUUGUUUCAGUCCAACCACGACAAAACUGAUCUUUGCACAAUCACGAAGCUGUUCUUACAGACCUUCCAUUACUGUAUAGAUAUCCAAAACCACAACGAUUUCAUAACAAUCUGCACAAUUGAUUCAUUUGAAUGGUUACAUAAGCAAGGAUUCAAUGCGCUACUGAAAUGAAAAAGGUUUUCAGUCUAACAAACAACUUGAAAAAAAAAGCAAGUACUAGUUCUACUUCGCAGCUCCCCACGGUGAUCCCGGCACACAGUCCCUCGAUGAUUUCGAUCGGAAUCGUUUAAGUUUGUGUCAAAGAUUUGCAUAGAAAGCGAACGAAGAAUUCUUUUUAAUUCUUAGUCAAUGGUCCUUUAAAAAACACAGAUCUUGCAAAAUUUUUGUUGAAUUUCAAGGGUUUCGUAGUUUCGCUUUUCCGCCUUUUUUCCACGUCGCAUUCUCACCUUUCGAGGCCGAGCCUUGAAAUCUCGGCCAUGCUUCAGCUAUAGUGCGGACUCGAGCGCCUGAUUCCUUCAGUGAUUUGUCAGUGUUCGUUUUUUCGUUGUCUACUGGCGACAGGACGAUACUGAUAUGCUUCGUAUUUUCUAUAAGAAAAAAAUGAAACCUCUUCCACCAUGACUUGCAUAACGAAAGCUAUUGUAGCCUAGUUGUCUUGCAAACUAUCGAAUUCACCAAUCGUCAUGCGUAAAUGAACCCUAAUUAACAGUUUGUUCUUGUGCUUAUGUUUAUUGUACUGUACAAAGUGGUUCUAACUUUUUUACUUUCAAGAUGAAAGCGUGAAGUGACCACUCAACGAAGACUGAAAUUACGAAAUUACUGAACGAGAAGUAAUGUGCAUUCAUUCAUUAACAUUAGAAGGUGUGGUUCUGCAUGUCUAAGUCUGAGGAGAAAACACCAAAAGUUUGUAACCAUUCAAAUAAUAUAUAUCUCCUAAGCAUAGCUGAUAGUUGUUCGGGGGAAUUUUUUUGUUAACUUGGCAAGAUUAAAUGAAUCCCGGGAAUGGAUUAAAAUUUGCCUCUACAAGAUAAGGAUUAUAAUCUUCAAAUUCCGAGGCGGGCACUUGGAGUGUUAAUUAUCUGACGAAGAACAACUUGUUUUAAAGUUGUGUUCGACUUAUAAUAAAGUAAACGGUUAUCUUCUACCUCGUAUAAUUAUUCGAUUUAACAAGAAGAUGUAAUCGAAAUUGAAACUCGAUGGAUAUAUUUAUAGCAGCC